ACGUUGUGUUAAUGUAAACUUGUUCAUUGUUGUUGUUGGUUUGUAAACUUAUUAAAUAAUUGUUCGAAUUGUAUAACAUAUUAUUAAUUUUUAGCAGAAUAUAUUUAUUUUAACCUCACCAAACCAAAUAUUGAAAUAUGACUGCGAAAAUUGAUCAGAAAGCCUAUUUACAAAAAUAUCUGAGUGGCUCAUCUGAUAAAAAGAAGAAGAAAAAGAAAGUUGUUAAAGGGAAAGGUUUCAAGAUCAUAGAUGAUGAUCUGGAUCUGUCCAAACUACAAGAACUACAGGGACAUGAGUUAGAUAUAUUAGAUCAAGGUGAGGAUGCUCCACAGAUAGCAGGGAUCAUUGAUGAACGACCUGAGGAGGUUAAAAAGGCAGAAUUAUUCAAGAGUAGCUCAAAAUGGAGAGUUGUUACACAGGAUGAUGGCUUCAACACAAAACUCAAUGUAGAAGAAAUAAAAAGAAAUAUUAAGGAGGUAGAAAAAGAAAAUGAGGUUAUUUUUGGUAAAAUGUUUAGUGAUUCAGAAGAUGACACAAAAAAUAAUUCAGACCAGUCACCACCUAGGAAACGCACGGAUGAAAGAAGUUUUACUCCAAAAAAGCCAAGAAGUGCAAGUGAUAGUGAUUUUAGCCCACCAAGACGAACAAAUAAAAGUAGAGAACGAACACCAGAAAAAAUCUCUAGAAGGCAUAAAAUCUCAAGUCCAAAAAGGAAUAGAAAUGGUGAUGAUUCUGACAUAUCCCCACCAAGAAAGCAAUCAAAAGGCAAAUUGAAGAAUAGAAGAGAUAGUGAUUUAAGUCCCCCACGCAGAAUAGAAGGAAGCUCUUCACAAAAUAAUAGUAAGUCAGAAAGGAGGAAAGAGAGAAAAAGUAGAUGGGAUAAUGUUAAUGAUAAAUAUGAUAGUCGAGAUAGAUCAAAUUCAAUUUCUCCUAAAAGAUUUAAAAAAUCUACUAAAAGUAAAAACAAUAAAUCAUCUGACUCAGAUAAUUCUCCACAGAGGAAGUCACAUAAAAAUAAGAGGAAUGUAUCUGAUUCUGAUUCAUCACCCCCAAGCAAACAUAAAAAAGAAAAAAGAUAUGAUUCUUCAUCAAGAAAAGAGAAACAGCCACAAGUUUACAAAAAUCGUGCUGACUCAUCAUCUUCUCGAAAAGACAGAAAUGUGCAAAAGACAAAAGAUCGUCAUAAGAAUGGAAAAGCAAGUAAAAAUAAUGAAAGUGACGACUCAGACCUAUCUCCACCGAGAAAAGAACAAAGGCAUAAGGAACACAGUGAUUCAGACUUAUCUCCACCAAGAAAAAAUAAAAAAAAUAAUGACUCCGAUAUAUCACCACCAAGAAGAGAUAAAAGAAAAGAUUAUCAAAACAGCCCUCCUCCAAGUAAUAAAAAAAUGGCAAAAACAUUAGAAGGGAAAAUGGCAGGACUACAAGACGCAAAACAGUUAAGGCAAGAAAAUGAAUCAUUUAGACAAAGAGAAAACGAAGCUUACAGUAAACUGUCUGAUGAUGUAUCAGGAAGGAAUGCAAAAGCUGUGUCCAGAAAAAGCAAACGAGAGAACUCUGAAGAACGUCAAAAACAAAAAGAGAAAGCAGAAAGACAAAAAGAGUUAGAUGAAAAAUACAAGAAAUGGAGCAGAGGAUUAAAACAAAUAGAGGCUCAAGAAGAAAAAGUACAAGAGUACAUAAAAGAAGCAGCCAAACCACUCGCCCGGUACAAAGAUGACCGAGAUCUGGAGGGAAGGCUGAAGGAUGUUGAACGGGCUGGAGAUCCUAUGUUGAAUUACAUUAGGGACAGGAAAAGAGAAAGGGGAGAGUUAGCACCAGCAAAACCGGCAUACAAAGGCAAUUUCCCACCAAACAGGUUUAAUAUUCCUCCUGGUUAUCGAUGGGAUGGUGUUGACCGGUCAAAUGGUUAUGAGAAAAAAUUCUUCGACCAACAGAGCAAGAAAAAGGCGUUGGAAGAAGACGCUUAUAAGUGGAGUACAGAAGAUUUGUAAAUGUGACAAAAUCCGACCUUUACCAACAUCUAACUAACUGGAACUUAAGUGUUAGAAAGGGGUUGCAAGAAUUGCACUACAAUUCCAACCUGACACUUAAUCCAGUAAUCCAAUCUCAAAUGCCAAGUCACUUUGGCAGAUAAGAUCCUUUUUAUGUGUUUUAUUAUAUUUUAAAAUAUUGUACCUUUAACUCAUAUUAGAAAAUAAUAUGACAAAGACAGAUACAGAUACCUCAAAACUUUUGAACUUGUCUAAAAAGGCACAAAGUGUAAUUGCAAAAUAAUGUGAAAAAUAUUUUUAAUAUUACAUUUAUGUAAAUAAAACACUUAUGAAUGUA